AUGGGAUUCCUUAAGGUUAUUAAGAAUAGAGCUUACUUCAAGAAGUAUCAAACCCAAUUCAGAAGAAGAAGAGAAGGAAAGACCGAUUAUUAUGCUAGAAGAAAGAUGAUCUUCCAAGACAAAGACAAAUUCAAGACUCCAAAAUACAGAGUUGUUGUUAGAAUUACCAAUAAGACUGUCAUUGCACAAAUUGCUUACUCAGAAAUUAUUGGUGAUAAAAUCCUUUGUGCUGCUUAUUCACAUGAAUUACCAAGAUAUGGAGUUAAAUUAGGUUUAACCAACUACGCUGCUGCUUACUGCACUGGACUUCUUCUUGCUAGAAGACUUCUCAAAAACUUGGUAUGGAUAAACAAUUUGUUGGAGUUUCUGAUGCUGCUAAACUCGGUGAAGAUUAUACCCCAGAAGAAGUUGAAGAAAGAAGACCAUUCAAAUGUAUUCUUGAUGUUGGACUUGCUAGAACUACUACUGGUUCUAAAGUCUUUGCUGUUCUUAAGGGAAUGUGUGAUGGUGGAGUUUACGUCCCACACUCUGCUACCAGAUUUGCUGGAGCUGGAGAAAAUGAAGAAGCUCUUAGAAGCAGAAUCCUUGGUGGACAUGUUGCUGCUUACAUGA